AAUUUUAAUUCCCCGAUAUUUAAAACUUUUCGGUUGUUGCAUUUUACAAUUACAAACUUAUCUAUCUUUCAAUGUUUUUCACUUAGUACAAUAAAAAAUAAAUUUUUAUCAGAUUAAAUUAUUUCAUGAGCAAUAUCAACUCAACUACCUACAACCAACUUAAUUCUACUAAGUAUUCCUCAGCAAUGUCGUCAUUCCCUACGGGUUAUAAACGUUGGGUGUUCAAUUACGACAUUCGUAACUGUUCUGGAAAUCUGUGCCCACCGAACACUCUUUGUAUGCGACCAGAAUAUUCUUAUUAUCCGACACAUUGUGUUCACAUAAAUAACGUGGACGACGUUGAUCAACACCUAUCAAAUGGCCCGGUUUAUUUAUGCAAUGAUGGGAUUGCUCAGUAUAUCACUCAGGGGAUGCUUGUGACUAUUUUAAUUGUUCAGGCAUGUAGGCAGCAGAGGUGGGUCGGAAUAGUCAGAGGUAUCGGAAAUCGGAACUAUCGGAAAUGGCUCAAAAGUCGGAACUCGGGAAUCGGAACUGUCGGAAAUCGGAACUGUCGGAAAUCGGAACUGUCGGGAAUCGGAACUGUCUCAAAAGUCGGAACUCGGGAAUUGGAAAUAAAAUUUAUUUUCGGAAAUCGGAAUUCUGACCCACCUCUCAUUGUUCUCUGCCUUCAGUUCUUCUGGCGUUCUUCAAGUAAAAAAAUUUCUGACAACAAAAAGAUCAAAAAGAAUCCUUCAUUAUGCGACUCUAUAACAGCUAAUCUGGAAUUACUGACUCCUCCUCGAUUGGAUUUGACACUUAUUCGAUCAAACAUCCCAACUCUCCUACGUGAAGGAAAUGACCAACCAGCUAUUAAUUCCGAAUUCUCUACCAGCAAGUCAACUCGGUUUUAUGAAAGAACUGAACAAGCAAAUAGUAGCACAAGUUUAUUCAGUUCUGAAUAUCCUGUACCUUUUGCGCCUUAUCAAAAUGUUUAA